GGACGCGCCGCGCGCUCUCCGGAAGUGCGUGUCCUUAAAGUCAUGGCGGAGCAGGAGCAGCCCGGGCUGAGUUUGAAUGUUUUACUGUUUUAUUCCGCACUGUUCUCCUCCGUCUCCGCUCUGGGGUCCGAGCACGAUGCCUUUCGUGCUGGAAAUCCGAUAGCGUCUCCGGUAGCGGCGACAGCUCGAGAUGUGCGCUAUCUGCUUUAUGACGUGAACCCUCCAGAGGGCUUCAACCUGCGGCGUGAUGUGUACAUCCGCAUGGCGUCUCUGCUGAAGACCCUGCGCAAGCAGGGGGACUGGGUGCUGGUGCUGCCCCCUUGGGGGCGCCUGUACCACUGGCAGAGCCCUGAUGUCCACCAGGUGCGGAUCCCCUGGGCUGAGUUCUUCAGCCUGACCAGCCUGCAGACCAACGUGCCUGUCAUUGAAUAUGAAGAGUUCAUUGCAGAGUCUGGAGGGCCCUUCAUUGAUCAGGUGCUAGUGCUGCAGAACUACGCUGAAGGCUGGACUGAGGGGAAAUGGGAGGAAAAAGUGGAUGAGCGACCCUGCAUUGACCGCCUCAUGUACACCAAAGACAAACAAGGCUACUACAGAGGCUGGUUCUGGGGUUACGAGGAGACUCGCGCGCUCAAUGUGACCUGUUUAUCUGCUCAGGGCCAUGCCUCCAUAUUAGCGCCUUUCCUGCAGGAAAAUAUCACAGCUACCUCCGUAUUGUUGGACAGAGCUGAGACUGUCCUACAUGAUCACUAUGCAGGAAAAGACUACUGGGAUACUCGACGCAGUAUGGUGUUUGCCAAGCACCUGCGCAUUAUUGGGGACCAGUUCAGAGCUAAGUAUCUCAACUCCACUGACGAGAAGGACCUUACCCCAUACAAUGAGGACUGGACACGUAUGAGGGCCAAGCUGGGCAGUGCUAAGGGAGGUCCGUACAUGGGGGUCCACCUGCGCAGAAAGGACUUUAUCUGGGGCCAUCGGGAGGACGUGCCCAGCCUGAAAGGAGCAGUUAAAAAGAUCCGCAGCCUUAUGAAGAAGAACAAGCUGGAGAAGGUGUUUGUUGCCACCGAUGCUGAUGAAGAAGAGGUGACCAAGCUGAAGAAGAUGUUACCGGAGAUGGUACGGUACGAGCCUAGCUGGGAGGACCUGGAGCUCCUGAAAGAUGGAGGGGUCGCCAUCAUAGAUCAGUGGAUCUGUGCCCACUCCAGAUAUUUUAUUGGAACUUCAGUUUCAACCUUCUCCUUCCGGAUCCAUGAGGAAAGGGAGAUCUUGGGCUUUGACCCUAAAACCACCUAUAACCGUUUCUGUGGUGACUCUGAGAAAGAAUGCGAACAGCCUACACACUGGAAAAUAGUGUACUGACAGCUCUCAUAAUGCAAAGUGCCAAACACAAAAGCUCUGUACAGCACCGGGUUGGAUUCUGUUCCAUUUCAGGAGGAAGAUUUCAAAGAAAAGGUUGCUGGUCAAGACUGUAGUUCUGUAUUACACAUUAUUUAAAGUUUAUUAAGGAUGCUGUAAAGUUUAUAUGAAGCACAGUCGUUUCCCUAAGUCAGUCCUAAAAUGCUGCUAUUCUUUAUUUUACUUUGCAUUUUGGAUUUAGCCCGUAUUAUAUAAUGUACAGUGUGGAAAACCCCCAGUACUUCUGGAACUGAUCUUGCAAUGGAAAUUUUUUCCUUAAUGAAGCUAUCUGAUAAGAGGUCAACAGUAUUUUUGAAUUGCAGUGUACUGCAAUCUACAAACUUGUUUUUCAGGUAAUAUGAGACGGUGAUGUGCAGUUCUUUUUCUUUUCUUUCAUGAAUCGUAUUAUUUCAGAACACUUUGUGUCUCCGAAGUACAGUAGGGAGCUCUUUAUGUACUGUUUGACAGAUGAGCUCCUGUUUGAUAGUGUUGUAUCCACACUGUGUUUGCUUUCUUAUUUUACUUACAUACUUUGCAUUAUGUGCCUUUUGUUUCAAAAGUUUAAAAUGUGACUGAGCGUUUGCGUUUGUCUGUUGGAUAUGGUGGAUUUGUGUGGAUAGAAAAAACAUAUCAGGUUGGAUUUGAUAACACAAACAAAACCGAAUCGGUAUGCAAUAUCUGAUUUACUGUUUCAAUAAUGAGGCACAGUACUGUGCAAAAGACCACCCUUAAUUUAUAUAAUCUCCAGUCAAAACAGCCAUAAAGUACAACCUAUUCAAUCCUAACAACCUCCUGCAGGAUCUGGUAGAUCACCACAACUGUGCCCAUCAGAUACAGGUAUAGAACAGUACUUAAAGCUGUCAUCUUUGAGAGAGAGGAGAAAAUCAAGCUGCUUCAGAUCUGAAAACAUCCACAGGUGUUUCUGUCCAUCC